UGAUCCUGAAUCCAGGGAUGAGUGGUAUUUGAAACUUCAAAAAUAUUUUAGCUGUAAUCAUUACCAAAUGAGGAGGAAAGGACGAUGUCAUCGAGGCUCUGCAGCGAGGCAUCCUUCCUCCCCGUGCAGUGUUAAACACUCUCCGACUCGAGAAACGUUAACGUACGCACAAGCUCAGAGGAUGGUUGAGAUAGAAAUUGAAGGGCGCUUGCAUAGGAUCAGUAUUUUUGAUCCCCUGGAGAUCAUAUUAGAAGAUGACCUCACUGCUCAAGAAAUGAGUGAAUGCAACAGCAAUAAGGAAAACAGUGAGAGGCCACCCGUUUGCUUAAGAACUAAGCGUCACAAAAACAACAGAGUUAAAAAGAAAAAUGAAGCCCUUCCCAGCGUCCAUGGCACACCAGCCUCGGCCAGUGCCCUUCCUGAGCCCAAGGUGCGGAUUGUGGAGUACAGCCCUCCAUCUGCUCCCAGGAGGCCACCCGUGUACUACAAGUUCAUUGAGAAGUCAGCUGAGGAACUGGACAAUGAGGUGGAGUAUGACAUGGAUGAGGAGGACUAUGCUUGGCUGGAGAUCAUCAACGAGAAGCGCAAGGGUGACUGUGUCUCUGCCGUGUCGCAGAGUAUGUUUGAGUUCUUGAUGGACCGCUUUGAGAAGGAGUCAUACUGCGAGAACCAGAAGCAGGGUGAGCAGCAGUCUUUGAUCGAUGAGGAUGCUGUGUGCUGCAUCUGCAUGGAUGGAGAGUGUCAGAACAGCAAUGUAAUCCUCUUCUGUGACAUGUGUAACCUGGCCGUGCACCAGGAGUGCUACGGAGUGCCCUAUAUCCCUGAGGGCCAGUGGCUUUGCCGCCACUGCCUACAGUCCCGGGCCCGGCCUGCUGACUGUGUGCUGUGUCCCAACAAGGGUGGUGCCUUCAAAAAGACGGAUGAUGACCGCUGGGGUCAUGUGGUAUGCGCCUUGUGGAUCCCAGAGGUUGGCUUUGCCAACACGGUGUUCAUUGAACCCAUUGAUGGUGUGAGGAACAUCCCCCCAGCCCGGUGGAAACUGACAUGCUACCUCUGUAAGCAGAAGGGCGUGGGCGCCUGCAUCCAGUGCCACAAAGCAAACUGCUACACAGCAUUCCACGUGACGUGUGCCCAGAAGGCUGGCCUGUACAUGAAAAUGGAGCCUGUGAAGGAACUGACUGGCGGUAGCACCACCUUCUCCGUCAGAAAGACCGCUUACUGUGAUGUCCAUACGCCUCCAGGCUGCACCCGGAGGCCGUUGAACAUUUACGGGGAUGUUGAAAUGAAAAACGGUGUCUGUCGAAAAGAGAGCUCGGUCAAAACAGUCAGGUCCACAUCCAAGGUCAGGAAGAAAGCAAAAAAGGCUAAAAAAGCACUGGCUGAGCCUUGUGCUGUCCUGCCGACUGUGUGUGCUCCUUAUAUUCCCCCUCAGAGAUUAAAUAGGAUCGCGAAUCAGGUGGCCAUUCAGCGGAAGAAGCAGUUUGUGGAGCGAGCCCACAGCUACUGGUUACUCAAGCGACUGUCUAGAAAUGGCGCUCCCUUGCUGCGGCGGCUCCAGUCCAGCCUGCAGUCCCAGAGGAGCACGCAGCAGAGGGAAAAUGAUGAGGAAAUGAAAGCCGCUAAAGAGAAGCUGAAGUACUGGCAGCGGCUGCGGCACGACCUGGAACGUGCCCGCCUGCUGAUUGAGCUGCUGCGCAAGCGGGAGAAGCUCAAACGUGAGCAGGUGAAGGUGGAGCAGGUCGCCAUGGAGCUACGGUUGACCCCGUUGACAGUGCUGCUGCGCUCAGUGCUGGACCAACUGCAGGAGAAGGACCCUGCGAGGAUAUUUGCCCAACCUGUGAGUCUGAAGGAGGUACCAGAUUAUUUGGAUCACAUUAAACAUCCCAUGGACUUUGCCACAAUGAGGAAACGGUUAGAAGCUCAAGGGUAUAAAAACCUCCAUGAGUUUGAGGAGGAUUUUGAUCUCAUUGUAGAUAACUGCAUGAAGUACAAUGCCAGGGACACCGUGUUCUAUAGAGCCGCAGUGAGGCUGCGCGAUCAGGGAGGUGUUGUACUGAGGCAGGCCCGGCGUGAGGUGGACAGCAUCGGCUUGGAAGAGGCCUCGGGGAUGCACCUGCCUGAGCGGCCUGUUGUGGCCCCUCGGCGGCCUUUCUCCUGGGAAGACGUGGACAGGUUGCUGGACCCAGCCAACAGGACCCACAUGAGCCUGGAAGAGCAGCUGAGAGAGCUGCUGGACAUGCUCGACCUCACCUGUGCCAUGAAGUCCAGUGGCUCCCGGAGCAAGCGGGCAAAGCUGCUCAAAAAGGAAAUAGCUCUUCUCCGGAACAAGCUGAGCCAGCAGCAUAGCCAGCCCCCACCUGCGGGGUCAGGUACUGGAAGCUUCGAAGAGGACGGUGCUCCACUGGGGCUGGAGGCAGGCGAGGAAGUCCUUCCGAGGUUGGAGACUCUUCUGCAGCCAAGGAAAAGGUCGCGGAGCACAUGUGGAGACUCCGAGGUGGAGGAGGAGUCCCCGGGAAAGCGCCUGGACACAGGUCUCACCAAUGGCUUUGGGGGUGCAAGGAGUGAGCAGGAGCCAGGUGGUGCCCUGGGGAGGAAAACUGCGCCCCGACGACGUUGUGCCUCUGAAUCCAGCAUCUCCUCCAGCAACAGCCCGCUCUGCGAAUCGAGUUUUAGCACGCCCAAGUGUGGGCGGGGCAAGCCUGCCCUUGUGCGAAGGCACACACUGGAGGACCGGAGUGAGCUGAUAUCUUGCAUUGAAAAUGGGAACUAUGCCAAGGCAGCCAGGAUUGCGGCAGAGGUUGGUCAGAACAGCAUGUGGAUUUCAACUGAUGCUGCAGCCUCUGUUCUGGAGCCCUUGAAAGUGGUGUGGGCCAAGUGCAGCGGGUACCCCUCAUACCCGGCGCUGAUCAUUGAUCCCAAGAUGCCACGAGUGCCUGGCCACCACAACGGCGUCACUAUCCCAGCCCCACCCCUGGAUGUGCUGAAGAUAGGGGAGCACAUGCAGACCAAGUCCGAUGAGAAGCUGUUCCUCGUUCUGUUUUUUGAUAAUAAGAGAAGUUGGCAAUGGCUUCCUAAGUCCAAAAUGGUUCCCCUCGGUAUUGAUGAAACUAUAGACAAGUUAAAGAUGAUGGAAGGGAGGAACUCCAGCAUCCGGAAGGCUGUGCGGAUUGCUUUUGAUCGUGCCAUGAACCACCUGAGCCGCGUCCAUGGGGAACCGGCCAGUGACCUCAGUGACAUUGACUGAUGGGCUUCUGGCAGAAGGCGCCCUGGGGCCACCGCAUCUGCCACCAGCACAGCUCUUGUCCAUAGUGUUGAUAAACUGUACAUAUUUGUAUAUUGUUCAAAACUUAACUUAUUCUGAUUUUAGUUGUAGUUCUUUAAUUCUUUUUCCCCGGGGAGGGGGGAGGUUUUAUUUCCAAGUUUUCUAUGAAACCAUCUUUGUCUUGGCGCUGUGAGUGGGGUGGGCGCGUCCGGGCAGCAGGGUGCAUCUGUCACACAUCACCAGGUGGUGCUGCUCGCGUCACUUUCUUUGAUAUGUAGCUUUUUUUUAAAAGACUUUUGAAUGUUUAAUAAUUUUGUAAAUCAUACUCUUUACACAGAGUACCACUUAUUUAAUAAGACGGGAUGUAAAUUUACAAUGACAAAUGUGUAUUUUAAGAAAGAAAAUGACAUUAUUUUGAAUGGUACUUUGUGGAAAGAGGUGGAGAAUAAAUUUAUGCUGUGUACAUCACUUGCAAAUCACCAAAAACACUCCGCCACCCUGUCCACAGGGGCGGGCGCUUCCUUGCUCUCAUUUUCCCAUCCGCCCCCAGACCCCACAGGUGUGCCUCCCAGCGGAUUAUUUAUUGUAGAAAGUGUAUUCAUUUGCUUUAUAAUGAAAAAUAAAUUUGCAAAAGUAUAUUGAUAUGCAUUUUUAUACAGGCACAUAAAAAUUCAACUUGGUUUGGGAGCAGAAUGUGUUGCGUUGUUGUAUAAAUGACUCUGGACUGUGUGUACUUUGAUUUUGUAACUUGUAAUCUUUUGUUUACAAUGAGGGGCUUUCUGUAACUUGUUUUAAUUUAGAACACUUUGGUAGCAAUAGAAACUUUGGAUACAUUUUUGUAUGGUACAUGUGAUGUAUAUAGAAUUAGUACUUUAUUUUUAUUUUUAAGAGGUAAAGCAUUAUGUUAGGGGGAAAAGUAGGGUGGGUUUCCAAAUUUGCAUUUUUUUAUAUUAAAAAUAAAGUCAAGAUUUGGACAGUGUGGCCAUUUUAUUCCUAUAUCACCAGAAGGCUGGGUGAACCACCUGGAGGAUGGGGCACAGAACACACAUGGGGCACCGGCAGGGUGAGAACGGGGUCAAGGCUGGGCAGAGACACACCUUUAUCUUAAAAAUUGUCAUGGGAUGGCAUUAUUUAUUAUUUCACCUGAUCAUAUUUUAUUUUAAAGCUAUAUUUACAUAAAACUUAAGUGUUUUUUCUUUUAAGUCUACUUGUUUGUAAUAAUCUCCAUAGAAACUUGAAAAUAAAAUGUCUUCCUUUGA